AGCCGUCUGAUUGCCGGAUCUUAUGUUCUGCUCCUUUCCUUUUACUUACUGAGCCCAUUAAUUUCACGUUUCUUAACAUGAUAUUGUCGUAAUCGACCCUGUUUAGGAUUUCUAUCGUGAUAUUCAAAUUUUUAGCUAUUUCUUUUAUAUGCACGCAUUUCUUGGCAAACCAACAAGGGAAAAUUUUCACACACACUGUAUUCCUUGUCCCCCGCUCCUUCUUUGCUCUCUCUCUCUCUCUCUCUCUCUCUCUCUCUCUCUGCUUGUGUUCAUUUCACAGUUCCAAUGAAAUGAAAUCCUUCACUUGUUGAAAUCCAAGCCUUUAUUUGGCAAGGUUCUCUGGUCGGUCUUCAAAACUUAUUCAAAGAUCAUUGCUUGGGCCAUCAAAUCGUUUGCUUUCUGCUUCCAAAGUCAUAAAAAUUGCAUCUUUUUCUAUCUCUCUCUGCUGCGUUCUUUCCUCUGCAUCAGAUUUGGUGGAAUGCGUUAAUACGCCAGCUUCCAGACUGUUAAAAGAAGAAAUUCAUUUCGAGUCCUGCAGGUUCUAAAGCCGUUUGAAAUUUCAAUCUGCAAAGAAUUCAGCUAUAAAUGGGCAGAGGAAGAGGAAAAGGGAAGAAACUCACAGUUGUACCGAGCCCCGAGGACCCGGGAAGUGGUGCUCAAGAGCACCUUCCAGAAUAUAAAAGUAGCGAACAGCCUGAAACACCUAUGGAAGAUGACACCAAUCCAGAAGAAAAUGUAAAAGUUGAAGUAAAUGGACCCAGUAUCAAACCUGUUCUUACCACUAAAGAUGAAAUAGUUCAGCAGAGUGGGAAGAAGAGGAAGAGGUUCUUGCAAAUAAAAGAAAAUUCAGGUGCAAUAAUGGAAGAAAAUGGCCCCAUUACCGGAUCAAAAGUCGAGGGGACGACGAAGAGUAUCGGAUACAGGCAAACUGGAAGCCGUCGGAAGAGUAAACCUCAUCGGGCAGCUGAAGCUGUAGUUCCAGUAAUGGCUGUCUAUAAUUAUAAGGGGUUUUGACUGUUUGCUUGCCUGAAAUUCUUAGAAUUUCUGAUGCUUUAGUUCUUAUGUUUGGCCCUUUUUGCUUGGUUUAAAAGUUUUCUUGGUAAGUUUCUUGUCUUGAAUGGAUCUACAGUUUAAAUACUAUAUAUUUGCUCAGUUUUCAUAAAGUUAUUCUGUGACAGAAUUCUGGAUGUAUAUAGAUCUCUUCCGUCUUUGUUCAUCUUGCUUUUCUGGUCCAGUUCUGUAUAAUGUUGUUCUUUUAAGUGAAGUUCUAUGCCUUAUUGGGGCUGUAAAUCAGCCAAGCUUGAGCGGGCUCGGGAUUGGUUUGUGUUGGGCUCGUUCAAAAUUGACUUGUAUUUGUUAUUGCUCGUGAAUGGUG